AUGCCUUUCCUCACCGAUUGCCUCGCCAUAUUCUUCAUCUUGAUCGUGGCUGGUUGCUACAUCAGCGCUUUCCUCAUCGUCAUCUAUGAAGCCACAAUGAACAACCUCGCAUAUUCCAAUAUCGGAGACGACACUCCCGCACCAACAGCCCAAAUAUCUCAAGAGGAAUAUGAGAUGGAGCUGCGACAUCGAGACCAGAUGGCACGUGCCUUGGGAUCAGAUUCGAUGAGAAAGAUGAAUUAUAUUGUUCGUCAGGAUUCUGUGGCUCCAGAAGCCGUAGCCCAGGAAGCUCCAAAAGCACCAGAAGCCGGACCAAUCCAGGAGGCUCCAAAAGUCACAAAAGCCCAGAAGACUCCAGAAGUUCACAAUCCGGGAAAUUCGUUCUGGCGUCGUCAGUGGGAGCUCCUCAAAUUCAUCGUGUGCUGCAAGUAG